AUGGCGCUGUACAGCGCGGCCGCCGCUGUCCUGGAGGGGCUGGAGCGCGGCGGUGGCGGCAUCAAGAGCUUGGUGUACAACAGCCGCUUCCCGCAUGUCCGGCAGCUGUACGCCCUGGUGUCCGAGACCCUCCGCUACUCACCCGUGCUGGAGAAGCUGCUCGCUGGCGCCGCGCUGCUGCAGGCCGAGAAGAAGCUGUCCCCGCAGCUGGCGAAGGUGCUGGUGUACGACCUGCUCUUCGGCAAGGGCCUCAAGUGCGGGGGCCGUUGGAAGGCGCUGGCCCGGCGGCACCGGGCCCGGCUAGAGGCUGAGCUGGCCCGCAUGAAGGUGCAGCAGAAGGUGAGCCGCAACGAGGACCUCCUGGCGCCGGCGCAGGCAGCGAGCCCCGGAGCUUCCCAGGUACCGCGCUACGUCCGAGUCAACACCCUGAAGACUUGUGUGGAUGAUGUGGUUGACUUCUUUAAGCGCCAGGGCUACUCCUACCUAGGCAAAGCAGGCAGUGUGGAGGAGCUGAGAGCCCUCUCUGGGAAGAAAUUCGUGUCAGAUCUUCAUCUGCCAGAGCUGCUGGUGUUUCCUGCACAGACGGACUUCCAUGACAACUUUCUGUACACUUCAGGACACAUAAUUCUUCAGGACAAGGCCAGCUGCCUCCCUGCCUUCCUCCUUGACCCUGCUGCUGGCUCUCAUGUCAUCGAUGCCUGUGCUGCUCCUGGGAACAAGACCAGCCACCUGGCUGCCAUCAUGAAGAACAAGGGCCAGAUCUUUGCCUUUGAUGUGGACACCAAGCGCCUGGCCACCAUGAACACCAUGCUGAUGCGGGCUGGGGUCACUGGCUUCCAGCUGGCCCAGCAGGACUUCCUGACUGUGGAUCCUGGAGACCCCAAAUACAGCAAGGUGACCUAUAUCCUCCUCGAUCCAUCCUGCAGCGGCUCAGGUAAGGUUUCAGGCUCUGGUACCCCACCUGGAGAGGCUGCCCCAAGCGCUGAGCGGCUGCAGGCCCUGGCUGGCUUCCAGCGCAAGGCCCUGAGCCAUGCCCUGAGCUUCCCUGCUCUCCAGCGCCUGGUCUACUCCACCUGCUCCCUGCACCGCCAGGAGAACGAGGACGUGGUGCAGGCUGUGCUGCAGGAGCAGGGUUCAGCCUUCAGGCUGGUGGAUCCCUUCCCUUCCUGGCCCUGCCGAGGACUUGCUGUCUUCCCUGGGGCUGAGAGCUGUCUCCGUGCCUCUCCUGCAGACACGCUCACCCAGGGCUUCUUUGUGGCUGUCCUGGAGCGGUGUGAGGAGGGAGCUGCAGACCACAGGUCGCUGCCUGCAGCAGCUGAGGAGAACCUACAGCAAGCAGAGGGAAGGGAGCCAGGAGCAGGUCCCAAGAAGCGGAGGAGGAAAAAGCAGCGAGUGAAGGAGUGAAAGAACAGUUUUAGGACUGCGUAAUUCUGAGCUGGGGCUGCCAAGGAAGACUCCUCUGCUGUUACUGCUGCCUUAAGAGCAGCAGGGUCUUUGAACACAAGCUCAGCUCUGUGCCAGCUGCAGCCAUGGUGGAAUCUCGUAACCCUGCUCUCCUGGAACUGACUGCCAACCCCCAGCAGGUUUGUCCCAGGCUCAGGUCUGGCUUUGGGGGCAGUCUUGGGAAGCCUGCAGAUAGCACCAGUGUACUACCCUAUAGGCCUGGAGUGUUCCAGCUGCAUCAAGGCUGUUACUUUACCAUAUUCCCCACAAAAAAUCC